GAGGGGGGGUGGGGAUUCAGAUUUCUAGAUUAUUGGGAACUGUUUUGGGACAGGCAUGACCUGUACAAAAAAGACGGGGGUUGCACUUGAAUCCCAGGGGAACCAAUAUCCUGGCAGGGAGGUUUGCUAAUGCUAUCGGGGAGAGUUUGAACUAGAGUUGCUGGGGGGUGGAAACUGAAUUGAAGACAUGGAGGAAGGGGCUGUUGGCUCUCAAAUAGAGAAAGAUUGGAGACAGUGCGAGAAGGAGGAUAGGUAGGUGAUAGAGAAGGGAUGCGUUCAGACCAGUGGUUUGAGGUGUGUCUGUUUUAAUGCAAGGAGUAUUAUGAACAAAGCGGAUGAGCUUAGAGUGUGGAUCAGUACUUGGAGCUAUGAUGUUGUGGCCAUUACAGAGAUUUGGAUGGCUCAUGGGCAGGAAUAGUUACCUAGAGUGCCUGGCUUUAGAUGUUUCAGAAAGGACAGGGGAGGAGGGAAUAGAGGUGGGGGUGUGGCACUGCUGAUCAGAGAUAGUGUCACAUCUGCAGAAAAGGAGGAAGUCAUGGAGGGAUUGUCUACUGAGUCUCUGGGUGGAAGUUAAAAACAGGAAGGGGUCAAUAACCCUACUGGGUGUUUAUAAUAGACCAGUCAAUAGUAACAGGGACGUCGAGGAGCACAUAGGGAGACAGGUUCUGGAAAGGUGUAAUAAUAACAGGGUUGUCGUGGUGGGAGAUUUUAAUUUCCCAAAUAUUGAUUGGCAUGUCCCUGGAGCGAGGGGUUUAGAUGGGGUGGAAUUUGUUAGGUAUGUUCAGGAAGGUUUCCUGACACAAUAUGUAGAUAAGCCUACAAGAAGAGAGGCUGUACUUGAUGUGAUAUUGGGAAAUGAACCUGGUCAGGUGUCAUGUCUCUUAUUGGGAGAGCAUUUUGGACAUAGUGAUCACAAUUCUGUCUCCUUUACCAUGGCAUUGGAGAGGGAUAGGAACAGACAAGUUAGGGAAACGUUUAAUUGGAAUAAGGAGAAAUAUGAGGCUAUCAGUCAGGAACUUGGAAGCAUAAAUUGGGAACAGAUGUUCUAGGAAAUGUAUGGCAGAAGUGUGGCAAAUGUUCAGGGGAUGUUUGUGUGGUGUUCUGCAUAGGUACAUUUCAAUGAGAUGGGAAGAAUGGUAGGGUACAGGAACAAUGGUGUACAAAGGCUGUUGAAAAUCUAGUUAAGAAGAAAAGAAAAGCUUACAAAAUGUUCAAAAAAAGCAGGUAAUAAUAGAGAUCUAGAAGAUUAUAAGGCCAGCAGGAAGGAGCUUAAAAAAGAAAUUAGGAGAGCCAGAAGGGGGUGUGAGAAGGCCUUGGCGGGCAGGAUAAAGGAAAACCCCAGGGCAUUCUACAAGUAUGUGAAGAGCAAGAGGAAGAGGCGUUAGAGAAUAGGACCAAUCAAGUGUGACAGUAGAAAAGUGUGUAUGGAACUGGAGAAGAUGGCAGAGAUAUUUGAUGAAUACUUUGCUUCAGUAUUUACUACGGAAAAGGAUCUUGGCACUUGUAGGGAUGGAUUGAAAAGCUUGAGCAUAUAGACAUUAAGAAGGAGGAUGUGCUGGAGCUUUUGGAAAGCAUCAAGUUGGAUAAGUCUCUCGGGUUGGAUAAGUCUCCGGGACUGGAUGAGAUGUACCCUUGGCUACUGUGGGAGGUGAGGGAGGAGAUUGCUGAGCCUCUGGCAAGGAGAGUCUGAUCUCCUCACUAAAGGAAGGAUAUGGAAAUUAUAGAAAGGGUGCAGAGGAGAUUUACAAGAAUGUUGUCUGAAUUGGGGGCAUGCCUUAUGAGAAUAGGUUGAGUGAACUUGGCCUUUUCUCCUUGGAGUGACGGAGGAUGAGAGGUGACCUGAUAGAGGUGUAUAAGAUAAUAAGAGGCAUUGAUCUUGUGGAUAGUCAGAGGCUUGUUCCCACGGCUGAAAUGGCUAACACAAGAGGGCACAGUUUUAAGGUGCUUGGAAGUAAGUACAGAGGAGAUGUCAGGGGUAAGUUUCUUCCACGCAGAGGGUGGUGAGUGCGUGGAGUGGGCUGCUGGCGGCAGUGGUGGAGGCGAAUAUGGUAGGGUCUUUUAAGAGACUCCUGGAGAGGUACAUGGAGCUUAGAAAAAUAGAGGGCUAUGGGUAACCCUAGGUAAUUUCUAAAGUAAGUACAUAUUUGGCACAGCUUUGUGGGCCGAAGGGCCUGUAUUGUGCUAUAGUUUUUCUAUGUUUCUAUAUACAUGAGAGUGAUGUGGGUGAAUUUAGGGACAGACCAGAGUUGUAAGUCUACGCUCUGCUUUUGAAAGUCAGCGACACGGACAUGGGAUAUCCGUAGACUGGGCCGGGAUGUCUGGCUGCAUAUCAGGCUGACAGACUAGUGAAGAUGAAGGCUGGUGAAUCGUCCAGGGUCAGCAAGUCCACAGUUGGAAUUCCGUGUGGGCUCAAGAAUGAUGCUCGAUGACCUCCAGGGUUUGCAGGCAGCUGAUGAGCCUGCCUAUCUCACAGUGGGUACAGAUGUUAGUGCCAAGUACCGUGGUGCCUUCUGCGAGGCAAAGAUUAAAACUGUGAAGCGACUAGUAAAGGUCAAGGUGCUCUUGAAGCAUGACAAUUCUACACAAGUUGUCCAAGAUGACCAAGUGAAAGGCCCAUUGCGAAUUGGAGCUUCAGUCGAGGUGAAAGGAUCUGAUGGUUCUUACCAAGAGGCUGCCAUCAAUAAAUUGACAGAUGCAAGCUGGUAUACAGUAGUGUUUGAUGAUGGUGAUGAGAGGACACUUCGACGAACGUCUUUAUGCUUAAAAGGAGAGAGACAUUUUGCUGAGAGUGAGACCCUUGACCAGUUACCACUUACAAACCCGGAGCACUUUGGCACACCUGUAAUUGGAAAGAAAACAAAUAGAGGAAGGAGAUCAUCGUCUGCUCCUGCACCUGAAGAUGAAAGGGAGGAAGAAUCAAGUGAAGAAGAAGAUGAUGAUAAGCGACGUCUUAAUGAUGAACUUUUGGGCAAAGUUGUUUAUGUAGAUUGCAAUGGGGAUAAAAGAAAAGGCUGGUAUCCAGCUUUGGUGCUGUCUCCAAGCUGCAGUGAUGAAAUCACUGUGAAAAAGGAUCAAUGUUUAGUACGAUCUUUUGCAGACUCCAAAUUUUAUCCUAUAGCAAGAAAGGAUAUAAGAGAGCUAGAUUGGGACAAAGUUUCAAAACCAGAUCUAGUCAUUAAACAAGCCCUGGAAGAAGCUCUCAAAUUCCAUCAGCAACGGAUUGUUCCUGAGAGCUGGAAAGUAGACAUGAGUGUCAUCUUAGAAUCCUCAAGUAGUGAUGAAGAGGAAGAGGAAUCAGAGAAUGAUGAAGACCAUGAGGAAAAGAAACAAGAGGUAGAGGAGGAGCUAGAUCCAGAAGAGAGAGACAAUUUCUUGCAACAACUCUACAAAUUCAUGGAGGAUAGAGGAACACCUAUCAAUAAACCACCAGUACUAGGCUACAAAGACCUGAAUCUUUUCAAACUCUUCAGACUGGUGUAUCAACAUGGUGGAUGUGACAAUAUUGACAGUGGUUCUGUAUGGAAGCAAAUCUACAUGGACCUCGGUAUUCCAAUUCUGAACACUGCUGCAUCUUAUAAUGUAAAAACAGCAUACAAGAAGUAUUUGUAUGGCUUUGAAGAAUACUGUCGUGCAGCUGAUCUUCGCUUUAGGACCAUUCACCAUAUGGAACCUAAAGGAAAAACAUUGGAAAAAGGUGAAGAGAAUGGUGCAUAUGAUCCAAAGAAAGUAUCUGGAGCUUCAGAUGAAGAAACAGAUUUUGAGAAAAAUGAUGAGGCUGAAAAUGAAAAAGAGGAAAAAGAAGUCAUAACUCCAAGAGGCCGAAGGAGAAAUACUACACCUGCUAAAAAAGAAAUCAAAGAACCGAGUAAGGAAGAAAUGUUGAAUGAGGAAAACAAUAAAGAAAAUAAAGACUCUAAGGAAGACUUGAAAAAACAAGAGAAAGAAAUGGAUGCAGCACAGCAGAAAAGUACAUCCACAUCCAAAAAUAGAGCAGAGAAGAAUAAGAAAGAUGAACCUGAGAAGAAAUCUGAGGAAAGAGAGGAAGAUAAUGAAGACGGGGAAGAAGACCAUGGGAAUAGACAAGACAAUAGAGAAGCAGAUGAAAAUAAAAAAGAUGGCGAUGAUGAUGAGGAGGAAGAUGGGGAUGAGGAGGAAGAUGACAAUGAAGGAGAGGAGGAAGAUGAGGAAGAAGAAGAGGAGGAAGAUGAAGAGGAAGAUAAUGAAUUUGAACGAUUCCCUUCUGGAACAAAAGUUAAAGUAAAAUAUGGGCGUGGGAAAAAUCAGAAAAUCUAUGAAGCCAAUAUUAGAAAUUCUGAAGUUGACGAUGGGGAGGUGGUCUAUUUGGUGCAUUACUAUGGUUGGAAUACAAGGUAUGAUGAAUGGGUAAAGGGUGAUCGAAUUAUCUGGCCUUCAGAAAGAGGUGCUCCAAAGGGGAAGCACAGAAGAAAAUUGAAGAGUAAACAGGAUCGUGAAAAGGAUGAAAAAAAAGAUGAUGAUAAGCAAAGUAAAUCAAAACGUGGUCGUCCUAGUUUGAAAUCCACACCAACUGCCAAUUCUCAGCGGAGUUUAUCCAGGACUCCAGGCACCGAGGGGAAAGGUGGAACCAGAAGUGUGCGGAGUAAUGCAUCUGAAUCUUCACCCCUUCUGAAUGGAGUGGAAGGUCUUCCUCGAAGGCGCACCAGGCGUAGUUCUGGAAUAUAUGAUUCAGACAAAGCAUCAAAUGGGUCUACCAACUCAUCGGAUGAAAGUGAAUUGGAAGCCUCAGCAAGUAAAUCUGUGAAAGAAGAAGGUGCUUCCAUAAAAGAUGAAGAGGAGAAACCAGAGGGGAAGAGACUCAAAGAUAGUUGUUCACAAGAAGCUAAAGAAUUACCAUGUGACGAUGAUGUGAAAACAGUGUCUGUGAAGCAGGAGACAGAAAAUACACAACCUACAAGCAGUGAUGAGAUAGUGGUAUUUCAAAUUGAAGAUGUACGUAAAGACUUGAUAGAGAGGUCUCCAAAAGGCAAGGGAAGAAGAACUAGAACUCGAGAUAAUUAUUCAGAAAAUAACAAGCCUGUUCUUGCUAAUCACACAGAAGCAACUACUGAGAGUGAACUAAAUAUGGAAAAAUUGGUAAGCUUAGAGGACAACCAGCUAGCAACCCCUAGUGCACCUGAAGAAGAAAUUCCAAUUACAGAUACUGCAUUGUCAAAUGAAGUUGUAGAUGAUGAAAAGAAACCAGGGAAGAGAAAAUCUCCAGAACAGUUAACACCUGAUAAAAGGCUUCGGAGGGAUAGUGAAGAUGAAAUGCAAACUGCAAAAGAGGAAGAUUCUGAGAAAAAAGAGCUUUUUGGCAGUGAAUGUAAAGAAUAUAAAAUGAUUGAAAGGUUAGAACUUGAAAAUGGUGAUGUUUCUCCAUCAAACAUUGUUACAGGCAUGUGCAUAAAACAAGAAUUGGAAGCUCCCUGUUUAGAAAUUGAAGAGGAUAUUUCAUUGAAAACUGAUGAAGAUACAAUGCCACCGAUUGGGCCUGAAGCUUUAGUUUGCCAUGAGGUAGAUUUGGAUGACUUGGAUGAGAAAGAAAAAAGCAGUAGUGAAGAUAUAGGUGCAGGAAAUUCAAGAUCCAAUUCUCCUGAAUUAGUUAUUGCAGUUGUGUCUACAUCAAUGCAGCAGGUUUUGCCAAUUGCAUCACCCGCACCUGUUCAUCAAGAUGAAGUUCGCAGCGUCAAAAGUGAAAGUGAUAUUACUAUUGAAGUGGACAGUGUUGCUGGUGAAUCACAGGAAGGAUUAUGUGAGAGUGAGUCUGUCAACGGGUUUGAUGCCAGUACGAGCUCAAGCAGCAGUGUCACGGUACAAGAAGCUGAGAACAAGGAUAAAGGUCAGAAGAGAAUAAGCGAUAGCAAUAAUGGGACACCAGCAAAGAAACAAAAGCGUAGCCAUAAACGGUCAAAUGUAUCCAGUAAAAGUGAAAAGAAUGGAACUGGCAACAGCAGUGAUAGUGAAGACCUACCAGUCAUAGACAACUCCAAUAAAUGCACUCCAGUGAAGACUUCAAAUAAGUCUCAAAAAUUUGGCAGGUCCCCUUCAAGGUUGAUUUCUCCCAACAAUAAAGAUGGCGAUAAAGACAAAGAGAAAGAUGGAAAUGAUAGUACGUCACCCAGGACCUAUAAAUGGAGUUUCCAGCUUGCUGAUCUUAAUAAUCUGACAAGUGCUGAACGGAUAGCUUUCCUACAGGACAAGCUACAGGAGAUCAGAAAAUACUAUAUGUCUUUGAAAUCGGAGGUAGCAUCCAUAGAUAGGAGAAGAAAGCGAUUAAAAAAGAAAGAGAGAGAAGUUACACUUGCAGCUCCAGGUACAUCCUCAGCUUCUUCAGAAACUGGAAUGAGUCCCACUUCUUCUUCACCAGCCCAAAACAGUGUGGCAGUAGAAUGCAGGUGAUGAUGCGCCCCCAUACCCUUCCCUAUCCCUUUCCCAGCAGCCUGCUGCCAUGACACAAGUGCUAAAUACCCUGGAACAUUAGCAUAGGAAGCACUCAGCUGAUUGGACUCGAGCAUUAUCAGUAGGAUUCAAGCAAAAGUUUCCCACUCUGCCUGGUUAACUUCCAGUUCCUUUAGCACUGCAAAGCACGAAGUUGAAUGUAAUUUGGAGAUGAGACAUGCUUCACUGAUGACUACUGUCCACUCUAUUACAUGAAAUGGCACUUUGUGGAAGACUCUUGGUGAUUGAAUAAAAUGAAUGUGACCACCUUCCUCUGAAGACACUCACAGAACAAUAACUGCAAUUGAAAAAAUAGCUUUGUUGGUAAUGGAACAGAGGGAGCCUAGCCCAGUCAGCUCAGUUCAUAUGUUGGGUUAAUAGUUCCAGUUCAGUCUUAGUUGUGGGAGCAUUAGCUAUCUUGAACUGCCAAAGUACACGGUGAGCAGAGUGCCCUAUUUUGUGUAAUUUGGAAAUGGGACAAAAUAGAUUGUUGCAGGAAAUUUAGUGUAUUGAAAACUGAUACUGUAAUGAAAAAGUCUUCCGCUAUAUUGCUGUUGGAUUUUGAGCACAGUUAUGCAAAUGAGAUUUCUUAUUUAAGUUUUGUAAUGUUUACAGUCAUCGGAGAAGUUGGUUUUCAGUAGACUAAUUUCUGUAGCAAGACUAUUUUGUCUCUUUUUAUAUGUAAUUGCAGAGUUUUAUUUUAUUACAAAAAAGUUUCAAAUAUAUCACAACAAUGAAGUUAUUUAACAAAAAAUUUCUAGACCUGAAAAGAGUUUUGUGUAAAAUAAAAAAUGUAUUAUCUUGCAACUUGUGAAGUAUAUUUAUUCAGACAAGGCAAUGGACAUAAUACUUGUAUUUUUUAUGUAUUUUUAAAACAAGAAAGAAAGAUAUUUUCAGACUUGGUUCGGUUUUCCAGGUUUGUUCGCUUUAAUUUACGAGAUGUUACAAACCUUGAAUUAUAAUUUCAGUCAUUUCAAAAGCAGGUUCGUGUUCCUGAAUUACGUAUCCUGUAGAGUCCAGUUGGCUAGCUUUGUGGUCACACUGCCUAAUGGUAAAAUGUAUUAUUUGCCCUGUAAAACAAAGUUGGUUGGUCUAACCUUUAAAUCUAUGCCAAGUUGUCUACUAUCUUCGAUUCAAUUACAAUGUUUGGGAAAAACAAAUGUAGCACAACUACUACAAGGAGUGACAGUUACCAUUAGGUGGCUGUGUUGUAUUUCCAGAUCAUGGACAAGCCAUGGUGUCUCCAUUGCAUAAUUUGUAUAUAUUAACUCUUCCAGAACCAUGUAUUUAAUGAUACAGUUUGCACAUAUAUUGUGUACAGAUGUGAUUAUUUUAUCAAUUUUUAUCCACACGUACUGUACAUUGUAAGGAAUUGGUGUCCCUUCCCAAUGUUUAAUAUACUGUAGAGUAAUAGUGUGAAUGCUCUAGACUGUUUGUAUAUUAUGAUACUGUGGUUCAGAACAGCAGUGGGCCUGAGAUGGAUUGUAAUAGUAUUCCAUAGAACUGCUAACAAAUCAAUGUCCAUUCAUUUUAUGUUUGAGAUUUUUUUUUGUAUUUCUUGACAGCGUGGAGUUGUAGUAGUUAUUACAAUGGAUUUUUUUUCUUCCACAUGUAACGGAAGAGAAUAAUUUGACAAUGGCUUAACUUUCUAAAAGCAGAGCAUUUUUUUCCUCUCCACUUGCAAAACUGGUGUAUUGUAAUGUGAAAUAAAAUGGAGCUCAGUACAGAAUUUAAUAAAGGCCAAGUUUUAAGAAA